AUGGUGAGCCAAGCUAACUCCAGCCGAUCCGGACGGUGCCUGCGAGCCAAGCCUGCGUUAGGCUCGCGUCAGGCCGGCGCGACGACUCACCGGCUCGUCCGCGGCCUGCUCGGUCACGUUUGCGGCGCAGGUGGCAUAUUCUGCACGUCUAUCCACGGCUCGAUCGCGACUCAAUGGCCCGACGCAAUUUCGUUGGGCAGUUUCGGUUUCUCCUCGUCCGAAUUUACUCUUUCCUCUUUUGCCCACUAG